AUGUUAUUCCUCAACAAGAGAGCCCUCGACCGCGAGAUAGAAAUGCAUCAGAUAGACAAAGACAGUAGUGAAAAAGAAGACAUACAGACUAUUCUAGACGAGCUUUGGGAGCAAGGCGAUGAUAUGGAAGCCAUCCGACAAGAUGUGCACAAGGUUUCAGAUCUUUAUAAUCAUAUUCCCGAUGGUACAAUGCCAGUGUUGGGUCAUGAUGAUCAGACGGAGAUCUUUGAAGAACUCGAGUUCUCACUAAAUCAAACUGUUGAUGAAAGCCACUGGCCAAUGGUCAUACCUGAAGAAAUCAAAAUCCUCGCGACCUUGACAGGGGGAAUCAUCGGCCCUGGGUUUCCAAAGUUGCAAGAAAGCACUAUAGUGUCAGCUCUCGAGCUUGAUAGUGACGAAGCCACAUUACCAAAGGAUCUCAUAGAGAAAACUGGUCUGUCUCCAGAUUGGGGGUGGGACGUUAUUGCUGGAUUUCAAUAUGGUUAUUCGACCUAUUGUGGAUCGGCUUAUGUUGUGUAUGGGAGGUGCACAGAUUCAGCAGAAAGCGAGGCAAGCGAUCUGAACGAGUUUGGGUGGGUGUAUAUAUUUUCACGUACACCUGACAUGGACUUUGUAACAUAUGGCUGUUUGGUCGAAUAUCUUACCGAUUACACAGCAGGGUAUGCAGAACACUGCAUGGAGGAAAAUGAUUGUUCGAUAACACAUGACGCUAUGGUGAGAAGUAGGACUCGGGGUAGUGAUGGAACGCGUAGAAUUGAUAAUUGA